GUCGAGCCGGGCCGGGCGAGAGCCCCCUUCCCCGCCGGCGGGCAUCGGCCUGCCCUGAGUGCUCGCAGCGCUUCUCGGCGGGGAGCCGGCAAGCGGGGUCGCCGCCAUGGGGUCCGGAGGAGGGCUGGGGCUGGCGCUGGUGGCCGCCGUCGUGCUGUGCGGGACCGGGGGGGUCGCCGGGCGCGUCCUCAGCGGUCAAAAGGUGUGCUAUGGCGGUCUCAAGCAUUCUUGCUACAAGUUAGCUUAUUUCCAGGACUUGUCUAGACGCGUGGGCUUUGAGGAGGCCCGCCAAGCUUGUGAAAUGGAUGGUGGGGCUUUGCUGAGCCUGGAAAGCGAAGCUGAGCAGCAACUAAUAGAAAACAUGUUGCAAAACCUUACCAAAUCGGGCUCCGGGAUUUCUGAUGGUGAUUUCUGGAUUGGGUUGUGGAGAAGUGGCAAUGAACUAGCCACCUCAAGUCCUUGCCCCAACCUCUACAAGUGGGCAGAUGGAAGUAUUUCACCAUUCAGAAAUUGGUAUACAGAUGAGCCUUCCUGUGGAAGUGAAGCCUGUGUUGUGAUGUAUCAUCAGCCGACUGCAAACCCUGGUCUGGGAGGGCCAUACCUUUAUCAAUGGAAUGAUGACAGAUGCAACAUGAAGCACAAUUUUAUCUGCAAGUAUGGCCCAGAUAAUGUCUUAGAAAAAGAAUUAGGGGACAGAGCGGAGCCAGAUCACGGUAUCUUUCCAACAGUGCCAGCAGGAAAUCCUUAUGACACAAGCAAACCAGAAGAUCAGUAUCAUGUUAUUGCAACUGAAACAGGUAUAAUUCCAAACCUAAUUUACGUCGUAAUACCCACUAUACCAUUACUGCUGUUGAUACUAGUGGCUUUUGGGACUUGCUGUUUCCAGAUGCUUCAUAAAAGUAAAGGAAGAACAAAAACCAGUCCAAACCAGUCCACACUAUGGAUUUCAAAGACGCCUAGGAAGGACAGUAGCAUGGAGGUAUAAUGAUUUACUGACUGAAAACAAGGCAAAAAUAACAUUUUGCAGUCAGGCUGUAUUAUGAUGUCGUCUAAGAACAUUGGCUUGGAAUGGCUUGAAAAUGCAAAGGAUCUACAAGAACGAACUGUAAGCUCCCCCUUGAGGCAAAUGUUCAGAUCACUUUUAUAUAAUGUUUGGUUAUUAAUUCAGUAACAAACUAUGCCAUGCUAAAUAAAGGGUAUGUGUUUAUUUUGCUAAGAGAUGUAAGUUAGCUAGUAUGUGAGCAAUGAAAUGAACAGAGCAUUUGAAGUUUUUAUGGGGAAAUAUCUACAAUGUAUCAGUUUUAAGACUGUUUGUAGUUAAACAAACCCUCUUUGUUUCCUUUAGUCUCUCAUGCAUUGUAACCUAGUUGAUGUACUGUAAAUGGAACUGACAAUUUUACAGUGUAACAAUUAUUUAUC